GAUUGUUCAUGGAAAUUGCGUGAUCCGAAUCAAGUCAAAAGAGACACACUUUCAUCUCUACCACCUCACACUCUCAACAAUGUCAUCAAACGCAGCUCGAAUUUUCGUCAUUGGCGGUCAUGGAAGGGUGGCAUUACAAUUCACCCGUUUAGCCUCUCAAGCAGGCCAUACAGUCAUUUCACAAAUCCGUAACGCUUCUCAUUCAUCCGAUUUACCUAAUCCAGGUCCAGGUAAAGUUGAACCUUUGGUUGAAAGUUUAGAAGACUUAAGUGUAUCACAAUUGGCAAAAUUAUUCAAAGAUCAAAAUCCAAACGUGAUUGUUUUUGCCGCAGGUGCAGGUGGUAAAGGUGGUGCAGAACGUACAUUUGCAGUCGAUCGUGACGGUGCAAUCAAAGUGUUUGAUGCAUUAGAACAGGCAAAUUUGCCUACUCCUCAUUUCAAAAGAUUUUUACUCGUUUCAGCAGUUGACAGCCGUAAUAUCGAAACAACAAAACCGGAAUGGUACACUGAAAAAGAUUAUGAACGUUCAAAGAAAGCCCGUGAAGCAUUGGGUACCUAUUAUCAUGCUAAAUAUGAAGCCGACUUGAACCUUUCCAAACGAACAUCAUUCCCAUGGACCGUUCUUCGUCCAUCCACUUUGCAAGAUGAACCAGCAGGAGGCGUCUCCUUGGCAGAACAUUCUACAAUCACCAAUCCAGUUCCACGUGAAUCAGUCGCAAAGGUGUUAUUGGCCUUAGCUGAACUACCAGCUGAUACAAAAGGAGCAAACGGUCAAAUGUGGGAUCUCACUUCCGGAAAAGGCGAUGUUCACGAACAAGUUCAAGCAGCUGUCAAACGGGCUCGUACAGAUUGGGUAGGCUAAAAAUUUGUACUUUCUCUUAAUUUGAUCUCAUUGCGGUAAAUGGAGAUACGAUAUUG